GCUCCCCUGCCGACGCCUCUGGCUUCGGCCUGUCGCCGAGCCGGCCGCCGCGUCAGGAAGGCUCAGGCGGCUCAGGCGCCGACGCCACCAUGGCCGGCCUGGUGCACCGGGCUGGCGCCACGGCGCCGGAGCAGCCGCCGCAGCCGAGGCUCGCGCAGGCGCGCGGCAGCACGGCUUCGCAGCCGCGAGGUCACCCGCACGUGGGGAGCUCCUGGGCCCCGCGCGCUGCCCCGGCCGAGUGGGCACAGAGGCGGACCCCGGCGCCCCCACAGAGGCCCGAAGCAGCGCACGCGCGGGCGCGCUUCGGACCCACGGAGGAUGUCGACGGGGACGAGAACAACCUUGUCUUCUGAGAGAGCCCCUGUUGGCUGUGUAA